UGCGCUGACCUGCACUGAGCUGCAUUUAGAUGCUAGAUGUGCAUCUCUAAUGACCUGAGCUCUGAAAAACCUUGGUGGACCCUGCCUAAUUAUCCUGAGAACCGACGGGGAUGUGCUGAGGGACAGGCUGAAGAGGAAGGACAUGCCAUGGGGAGGGACCAGCCUCUGAGGGGCCACACCCUGGGCCCUGUCUGUCCUGAGGGCACCGAGUUCCCCAUCUGCACAGCCUGGACCACUGGGAGGAGACGCCAUGACCCCCACGCUCCCAGCCCUGCUCUGUCUCGGGCUGAGUAUGGGCCUGGGGACCCAGGUGCGGGCAGGGACCCUCCCCAAACCCACCCUCUGGGCUGAGCCGGGCCCUGUGGUCCCGUGGUAUAGCCCUGUAACCAUCUGGUGUCAGGGGACCCUGGGGGCCCAGGAGUUCCAUCUGGAUAAAGAGGGAAGCCAAACUCUCUGGUACCGACUGAGCCCUAUGGAGGCUGGGGACAAGGCCAAGUUCUCCAUUCAACACAUGACCCAGGCCUACGCAGGGAGGUACCGCUGUUACUAUAUCAGCCCCACUGGCAGGUCAGAGCCCAGUGACGCCCUGGAGCUGGUGGUGACAGGAGCCCACAGCAAACCCGCCCUCUCAGCCCUGCCCAGCCCUGUGGUGGCCUCAGGAGGGAACGUGACCCUCCAGUGUGGCUCACAGGACAGAUAUGACAGGUUCAUCCUGACUAAGGAAGGAGAACACAAGUCCUCCUGGACUCUGGACACACAGCAACACCCUAAUAGGCAGACCCGGGCCCUGUUCCCUGUGGGCCCCGUGACCCCCAGCCACAGGGGGACAUUCAGAUGCUAUGGCUCUUUCAGAGACAAACCCCAGGUGUGGUCAGAACCCAGUGACCCCCUGGAGCUCCUGGUGUCAGGGGGCUCUGGGAAGCCCUCCCUCCUAACCCCGCAGGGCCCUGUCAUGGUCUCUGGACAGAGCCUGACCCUCCAGUGUCGCUCUGCCAUCAGCUAUGACAGGUUCACUCUGGCCAAGGAGGGGGAACAGUACCUCAGCCAGCGCCCUGCCCGGCAGCCCCAGGCUGGGCUCUCUCAGGCCCACUUCCCCCUGGGCCAGGUGAGCAGCCACCCUGGGGGCCGGUACAGAUGCUACGGUGGACACAACCUCUCCUCCCUGUGGCCGGCCCCCAGUGACCCCCUGGACAUCCUGGUGGCAGGAUGGUUCCCUGCCACACCCUCCCUCUCGGUGCAGCCGGGCCCCUCAGUGGCCGCAGGACAGAACGUGACCCUGCUGUGUCAGUCAUGGAGUCCGAUGGACACUUUCCUUCUGUCCAAGGAGGGGGUGGCCCAUCCCCCACUGCGAAUUGGAUCACAGCAUCGAGCUGGGCAGAACCAGGCCCAAUUCUCCAUGGGUCCUGUGACCUCGGCCCACGGGGGCACCUACAGGUGCUACGGCUCACGCAGCAGGGACCCCUACCUGCUGUCACAGCCCAGUGACCCCCUGGAGCUCAUGGUCUCAGCUUCUCCCCCACAAGACUACACAGUGGGGAACCUCGUCCGGAUGGCCGCGGCUGCCCUGAUCCUGCUGGGCCUCGGGAUUCUGCUCUUCCAGGCUCGACACGGCCAUGGAGGAACACAAGACGCGGCCAGGAGCUGAGCACAGAGGCCAUAGGGCACCGCCCAGAGUGGCAGAGCCUUGGAAAUGACCUGAUGGGCCCAGGAGGUUCUGGAAGAGAAUCUGCAGUGUUGUGAGAACUGCCUGCUGAGCCAUGGAGGGGGAGAAGGGAUGUGGGUGCAGGGUGAGGACUGGGGCGUCCCUGUGCAGGGCUCUGCCUCUGUUAAACCGAGGUGUUCUCCUCCUCCUUGGACUCCUCUCCCUGAUGGCCUGUCUUCUCUCACCUGGGACUUGAGGCGCAGCCCACAUAGCAGGUGUGUGCCCAGACCUUACACACCUGCGUGCUCCGGUUCAGUUUCUUGCAAUGUAGUUUCCUUUAUUUUUAAUUUUGACAUUCUCUGGUGUGUGAUACUGACUGCCAUACCCUCAUCUCAGAACACCGAAUAUGCUUUAAAUUACAGAACACACUAGGAAAAAUCACAUCUAGUUUGGGACAGAUCAAUCAAAAACUAUUUCCUUAAUACUUCUCUAGACUCCAAAAGGUCUUCUCUCCUCAUCCGAGGACACCUGGUGUGGAUUUUUCAGAAACACCAUCAGGUGAAUGAACCCCGAGUUUCAAGUGUCAUUCAGGUGGUGUGGUGGUAAAUGGGCUUUAGGAUUAAGUCAUUGUUUAAAACUCCAAGACUUACCUCCUUUGUCUAUUUCUCUGGUGAAAACAUUCCCUUCCUGGCCAAUCUGAGGGUGCCUUGUGGAUGUACCAAAUCGGAGUGGAGAAAUAAGGAAUA